AGGGCUGUAUUAUUGUUUUCGUCUCUAAAUAACCAUUUUAUUUUUUUAUUUUUUAAUCUUAUAACAUUGUCGUGAAGUAUUCGCGUAAAACCUCUCAACUUCUGACGUGUUGAAGUUGAGUUUGAAAGUAGUUUAUAAAGGCUGGUCCUUUUUUAUUUUUGAAAUCUCGGUUCGAGGGCAGUUUGUGUUUUUAUCCGUUGGUGAGGUAUAAAUGCUCUUUACCAGGAUGGACCUGUUGAACUAUCCCUACUUGGACAAAAUGAACAACAACAUUGGCAUAUUAUGCUACGACGGCGAGGCGGCGCUGCGGGGCGAGUCCCGAAUGCAGGCCAUGUCCUCUGCGGUCAUCAACCACAGGACGGCUCCUCCCCCCAUCAGCCCCAGCAAGAGGAAACACAGCGGUGAACUCUCCGACGACUCCAUUGACCCUAACGAGCACGUAGCCAAGAUGAGCCGGCUGUUCGCCACGCACCUAGGUAAACCGCUGAGCGGCGAUUACCGCCGGGAGCCCCGCGAGCGCAGUCGCAGCCCCAUCGAGUGCCUGCACCCCGUCCAUCUCUACUCACACAUGCCCAGCCUGAUCAUGGAGCAGCCGCUCGCGCUCACCAAGAACAGCACCAGGAUCCCCGUCUCACCCAGCGUCAGCCCCAUCGAGCGCCAGCAGAAUCGUCCCUCGGUGAUCACGUGCGCCCCCGCAAGCAACCGAAACUGUAACCUGUCUCUCUGCACGGUGUCUCACAACGGCUGCUCGCCUUCCAACUACAGGAGAGCCUCGAACUCAAACGUGAUCUGUGACCCCGGGAUCGAGGAGCAUUUCCGACGCAGCCUGGGCAAAAACUACAAAGAGCCCGAUCCGGUCACCAACUCGGUGUCCAUCACAGGAUCGGUGGACGAUCACUUCGUCAAAGCUCUGGGAGAAACCUGGCUCCAGAUCAAAGCGAAAGGAGGAUCAACCAGCAGCCCCGACUCCUCCCCGAACAGUCACAUGGGCAACAUGAACCACUCGCCGUCUCUCGUCUCCUGAGACGCUCGGACCCGGCUCCCGCUCUCUCUCUCUCUCCUCACUCUCACUCUCACCAGCACCAGUACCCAGCCAAACGUUCUGAACAUUAGCAAAGUUUCACUCUCAUUCCCACUCAGUUAGUAACCAGGAUGCGUUUAGUUCGUUUAGUUUAAGAGAGAGCCGCCGAGCGUCAGCUAGCGUCCUGCCUCACGUACCAAAGAACCUCGGAUGCAAACCGUUCUGAUAAAAAACCAUUAACACGCCCUGCUAACCCUCUCACGCCACAGCUUCUACCCUCAACGUCCU